AUGGGAUCCAAGGUUCCCAACCAUUCGCAGCUACAACCUCAACUACAUCAGGGCCAGACUCUCCGUCCCGGUUUGGAUAUAGGUGUCGCACAAAAUGUAUAUGGCACAGCACAGGCACCGCUGGAUACAACCAUGUACGGUCAAAUGUAUGGAAACAGCGAUAUUACCGAUCCGUUCUUAACACCCAUGCAAGCUACUGGCACUAUGUCUAGCUUUGGAAACGAGGGGCUCAUGGCUACCACAGCUCCAGCAAACGAGGUUGGGUUCCGCAGUUCAGCCAACGACAAAUACCAUCUCGACGAAAACGAGUGGAGCGUCUCAAGCCAGGGAGACACCAUCACGACGCAUGUCUUUACGGGUGGCAGCAUUCAAGAAUGGAAGAUCUGUGACUUUGUGGUGUGGUUUGACUGGAAGGAUCUGGUGUUGAGACGUCCCAUGGAGCAUGCAGAUAUAUCCAAGUGCUCGCAUGUCCUAGGGCAACCAUACACGGCGUUGGAUUAG